AUGUGUAUUAUGAGACCGCCGCACCCUGCGCUCUCAUGUACGGGCGAGCUCCUCGCCGGCCUCGGCGCGCUCGCCACCGCAGACCCAGCCCUCGCCAUCCAGAUGCACAUCUCCGAGAACGCGGCGGAGAUCGCGUUCACGAAGGCGCUCUUCCCGCGCGGGAGCCUCCCUGGGUUGGGGGCGAACGCCACCACGGGCGACGGCGUGGACGAGAAGGAGGAGGAGACUACGUACGCGGGCGUGUACGAUGUGUACGGGCUCCUCCCGCCCAACACUGUGCUCGCGCAUGCAUUGCACCUCGACGAGCGCGAGGUCACGCUCAUCCACGCCCGCGACGCCGGCAUCGCCCCCUGCCCGACGAGCAACUUCAACCUCCGCUCCGGCUGCGCGUGCGUCGGCAUGCUCCUCGACGCUGGCGUCAAGGUCGGACUGGGGACGGAUGUCUCGGGCGGCUUCUCGCCCUCAAUGCUCGCCGUCGUCCAGCACGCGAGCAUGUGCGCCAAGGUCGUCGCCGCCGCUGGCCCGCCCCCUGCGCACACGACGUUCACGGACCGACAGCUGCCGUCCCCGCGCUCCUCCACCUUGCGACGCUCCGCAGCGCCGCGCCCAUUGUGUUUUCUCCAGCAGGACUGCGUUGUUCUCCAGCGCGGUGACAGCAAGGCCCCCGAGUCCCUCGCCACUCGGAUUACCAGACACCCGUUGACCGUCCCACGCCCUCCGUUCGCGCCCGCAGAGCUCGACGCACUCGCCGCGGUGCGCCCGCCGGACGAGUGUGUGCUUGGCAUGGAUCGCGCGAAAGCUGGACUGCCGUAUUAG